AUGAAAAAUAAAACUCUAAAACUCCAGACAAAACUAGCCAAAAAGAAGUUUGAUUUCAGUAAACUCCUAGUCGCCCAGCAAGAUGCCAAAAUAAUGUUCAGGAAGAUAGACCGUAAAAAGAAGAAGCUUAAAUAAGGAACUCUCCAGCUCCCACCACAAAGUUUAUAUGCACUUGAUGCAUAACAAAAGAACUCAAGGACUUAGAGACACCAAAAAUUGAGCAGGCCAGAAGCUAGUCAGAGUCCAGGAUUUUAGCAAUACUUUACCCCUUUCAUCAGAUUAUUUCAAGUCCCAUAGGAUGCAUGAUCAGGCUCGGAUGCUUAAUAGGAGCACUAUUGAAGACCAGCAUAGCUCAUUGAUCAGGUAUAAGUCACCUGUGAAGACCCUCAGACCAAAACCAAGAAGCGUAAUAAAUCGAAGUGGAGGUAGCUCCAGUAUUCAAUUUAUUUAAAAAUAUGGACUUGAAAGCAGUAGAAAUUGAUGAUUUCGACGAGAACUUAAGCAUAGAUAAAUCCCAGAAGAAGCCUAAUAGAGCAAGGUUAAACUGAAGUAACUCUAAACAUAAGCAACCUUCUCAUAAAUUUGUGGAAAAUAUCAAGAAUGCAUACCAAGUUAGACCCAAAGGAAAGCGAUGUAGGACUGCUAAUUUAAGGAAAAAGAAAAGACUUAAGAAUAAUUCAGUAAUUUUCAAAAUAGUUAAGAAUUACAAACCUAUUGGUUUCACAGGAACAGUGUCUUUAAAUCCAAGAUUAGUGCUUGAAACACCACAAAAGCCAAUUAAGUCUGAUUACACCUUCUCAGAAGUGCGCCCGAAAUUCACCACUUCAAGGCACUAUAACUCAACCUCUCGAGCGCCCUCAAAAAGACCAAGCACAUCUCUUACAAGUCCAAAACCUUCUAUCAUAUCUGAAAACUCAAUAAUGCACCAAAAUUUCCUAAAAUUCCUUAAAGACCACAACAUCAAAGUAAACCACUCCAGCUCAACUUCCCAAAGACCAUCAACCUCCUCCCUAAAAAUAAUCUAACCCCAAUAAUUCAAUAAAUCCAC